AUGGCUACCGAUCCAGAGCAAGGCCUUGAAAAGGCCAAUUAUACUGUCGAUCAGAAUUCUCAAGAUUCCUUCGAUAACAAUGCGCCUGCCGAGACUGGCAUCAUGGCCAAGAUGCGCGCUGUGGAAGCUAGAGUGGACGAGAAAUUGGGUCUUGAGUCUGAGGCCAUUGUUCGAAAACGGCCAGAAGACAGGAGGAAGGUCCAUUGGGUGGAGGAAAUCUCCAUGGCAGCCUUGUGGGCAAGUUGUACCAUGAACACCUCUUGCUUUGCGACUGGAUUCAUAGGAUGGGAGCUUGGUCUGUCUCUCAGACAAUCGAUUCCCAUCGCGAUCUUCGCCUCGAUUCUCGGUGGCGCACUUACUGGCUAUUGUGCGACCUUCGGUGCCGCGACCGGUUUGCGUCAGAUCAGUGUGAGUCGAUACAGUUUCGGCUGGUGGCCUAAUAAGGUUGUUGCUCUGUUGAACGGUAUCCAGCAAUUGGGUUGGGCUGCUGUCGCAUGUAUUACAGGAGGUCUGGCCCUGACUGCAGUUUCGGAUGGUCAUGUCUCUUUGAUUCUUGGAAUUGUCAUUCUGGCUGUCGUCGCUCUGUUCAUCUCGUUCGUUGGAUUAAACGCCAUUCUUAUCUACGAACGAUGGGCUUGGGUUAUCUUCUUCAUUAUUUUCCUCAUCAUCUUUGGUGAAACAGGAAAGUACGCCGAUACCUCAGCACCUCCUACCGCAUCUGGUCUUACCUUGUCCGGCGCUCUGCUCAAUUUUAUCGCCAUUGUUUAUGGCUCCAGUGCCUCCUGGUGUACCUUGGCUAGUGACUACUACGUUAACUACCCUGCCGAUGUGAGUCGUGUCAAGGUUUUCCUGAUGACUACUUUCGGCAUCUCGAUCCCCACUUCCAUCGGCAUGGUGGCUGGUUGUGUGGUCGCAUCUGCAUUGAACAACAAGCCCGAAUGGUACAACGCAUACGAGGAUCAAGGUGUUGGAUACCUUAUUCAGGAUAUGCUCUACCCCCGUGGAUUCGCCAAAUUCCUUCUUACCCUCCUCGUGUUAUCUGGUAUCAACGUCAACGUCAUUAGUAUCUACAGUUCUGCGAUCUCCUUCCAGCAGCUUUCGCGACCAUUUGCGCGCGUCCCUCGAUUCCUUUGGACACUUUUCUGCUUUGUCUGCAUUCUUGCACUGUCUAUCGGUGGUCGCGAGAAGCUGAACACCUAUCUUCAGGAUUUCCUCAGCUUGUUGGGAUACUGGUGCACCGGGUAUACCGUCAUCCUUUUCGAAGAGCAUUUCAUUUUCCGGAAGGGCAAAUUUGAAAACUAUGACUUGGAAGGAUGGAACGAUCCAGCACGACUUCCUUUGGGUAUUGGUGCAGGGGUCGCGUUCGUCCUCGGCAUUGUGGCAUGGUGUAUGGGAAUGGAUGAGACCUGGUUCAUCGGUCCUCUCGCUAAGUUGAUUGGAGAGGAGGGAGGCGAUGUCGCUAAUGAGUUUACACUUGUUGUGACAGCUCUGACCUACAUCCCAGCAAGAUAUCUUGAGCUGAAGCACUUUGGCCGAUAA